AUGCAGAAAGACUAUAUCUUAGAGAUUGAGUCGUCUGAGUCCCAGUACGCGGAUUUCGUUUGUCAGAUUCCAAAGGUGGAACGGGAUGGCUAUAUGAUACGCAGGCAUCCUGGAAAAGAGCACGGCGAAGGAUUGGAGAAGUACAUCAAGUUCACAGUUAAGAGGAAUCAUUCCCGAAGCUUACUCAGUUUUAAUACGAUAGCUGAGCUAUUGCUAGGACUAGUAUUUACAGUGUUAUUGUUCCAUACUUUUUUGAAGGUUGAUCCAAUAAGAAAGCUUGUCCAUGCUAUAUACUAUGCAAGUGGGAAGGUGGGCCGAGAAAUGGAAGGAACAGUGGACGCAGAACGACUGCAAGAGAGUUUCAUACGAAGUGUGUUUACUAGUCUGCAGAACGUAGGGUUUACCAAGAGUAAAGGGCGGCUACUAAGCCUUAUUUAUUUAACAGCGGCAGGUGAAGUUACAGACUGGUUAUUCUGGCAGGUGGAUAGUGAUAUCGAAGAAUCUUUGCUAAUUAUAAUGCAACUCGGCAUUCAAAGUGAGUCAGUUGUUAUGAAAAAGUCAUUGGCUAAGCUCUUUUUGAGGUAUAUCUUGGCAAUAAUGAGGCUCAUUUCGUCGACAUUGUGCCACAAUAAGCCAGUCUCUGGAGCUAUGCAAGAAUCAGGGAACAGCCAGGAUCGUUUGACUAAACUCGAUCAGGUUUUGCAGCGGUGCGAAAGACUCGAAUUGAACAGAGAGUUUGUGGCGAUGGAGUACGUCAAGGACUUGGUCAUCAACGAGGGAUUCAGUAGAUUCCAGGUGAUUUUCUACUUAGGUUUAGUGACCAUAGAUACAUCCAGUACAUCGAAUAGAGAGAGGUUGAAGAUGAUGGUUGUGUUUCCCCCACCUUCUCCCCAGAAGGAAGCUAGUGGAGACAGUUUGGAGAAGAGCACGACAAUUUCUCUAGCGUCGAGUCUCUUAGUAUUACAGUUAUUUGUUGCUUAUCAAAUCAGUGCGAUUACAUAG